GUAGGGAGAUCCCAGGAUUGGUGGCACUGCAGCCUGGCUCCUUCAGCCCAGACCUGUCUCACUCGAGCUAUGGGAGCAGCUCCGUUAGCUGCUGGGAGUAUCAGGCUGUUACCCUCUCUGGACAGGAAGUGGAUGUGAUGCGCACGCUCCACCAGCAUGUGGCAGCAGCACUGACACUUGCAGAGCCCAUCCCUGUAAUGCUGGAUUGACGUGAUGACGCCUGGAGCCAUGGCACUCUUGGUGAUGUUCACCAGGGAAGCUGCCCUCAGGGAACUACUGCACGCCAGCUACGCAUCAAGGCCCUGCCCUACUGAAAUAUUUACAAGUGACUGACAACAGCGGUUUGGUGUGUGGAAACACUGUGCAACCCUCUCGCUGCUGCUGCUACAAUACCAGCAGGAAUAGCUGGGAAUAUCCUGCUCUGAAAUACAGCCGCCCUGCUGUGAAAGUGAGUCAGGAAUCUGGGACACCGAUCAACAGAGAGAAUUUUGGACCAAUGACUUUAGAGCAAAAACCCUACUCAUGAAAAGUGCCGUGGAAUCCUGAAUACACACAUAGAACAAACAGGGUAUUGGCACUCAAGGUCUCAUCGGAAAGACCUUCAUGCAGUAAACUGCAUGGAGCUCAUCCGUUAUCGACCUUGGCUGGAAGGAUGAAGAGCUAGGCGAACCCUGCUGGAAUUUGAAGCUGUGGUUUCAUGGAAUCUGGGUGUCUGGAGGCUCCUGGUUAGCAGUUUCAAAAAUGCUUUAGCUAAAAAAACCUACCAUUUCCUACCAAAAACUCUUUGGGGAGAGGCGGGACUAUUUUAAACCGUGCCAAUCAGAAUUCUGCUUCGUUCGUUAGAACCGAGCUCCAGCUUGUUGCUUUUAGAGGAGUAUGUUCCAAGGGGAGUCUUGUCUUGCAGGGAAGUGUGGAAAGAAGACGGAGUGAAGAAAUUGGUUUAGUUCCAUUCUCUGCUGAGCCCCAGAUCCCUGCCACAUGCUGAACAGCCAGCAGAGAGGGAUAUCACUCCAUUCCCCUUUGUGGAGGAUGGCAGGCGUGGAAAUCUCAUUUUGCGGUUACGUUUUGACAUCAGGAUUAAAAAGAACUUGAUCGGGUUAAUUUCACUUCACCAGGUGACUGCUGCGUGGGUGGGACACAGCACCCACUGGGUCCUCUCUAACGCACUUCAGGCUCAGACUGGGCCCAACAACAGCUCACACCCAGUGCCGAGGGAGAAUGGCUGGCCAGUGCUUAAAAAUGCCACCAGUUGUAUGGCUCCUUCCUCUUUCUAAAAAGUGCCACAAGAUCUUGGACAGCUGCUUGUGAGAGGGACACCAGCUGGAAGACGGGACCUCAGCUUAACUUCUCCGAAGCAGAGCAUCUCCCUGGAGCACCCAUUGGGUUAUGCUGCAGCACAGCUGUUCUUAAACGGUGGCCCCUGGACCAAUUGACUGAAGUUAGAAAAAACCCCAACCCGCGUUUCAAAUUCCCCUCUCUGACUUCGAAUUCAAAGCCAGACCUCCAUGGGCUUCCAAUAGGUCUGGGGCUGCCUCUUCUCUCUUUCCGUUCUGGGAACCUACAUUAGUGCACAGGGUGGUGGCCGGCGUAGCCCCGUGAGUCGCCAUGAACGCACAUCCUCGUCGCAUCCGCCUGAAGCCCUGGCUCAUCGCCCAAGUGAACAGCAACCAGUACCCAGGCCUGCAGUGGGUGAACCCCGAGCGGAAGCUCUUCUGCAUCCCCUGGCGCCAUGCCACCCGGCACGUCCCCACGCAGGACGACGAGAACACCGUGUUCAAGGCCUGGGCCAAAGAGACCGGCAAGUACAACGAAGGGGUAGAUGAGCCGGACCCAGCCAAGUGGAAAGCCAACCUGCGCUGCGCCCUCAACAAGAGCCGCGAGUUCAAGCUGAUCUACGACGGCACCAAGGACACGCCCAUGCAGCCCUACAAGAUCUACGAGGUGUACGAGGGCCACCAGCCCAACGGAGACUCGCUGGCCGGGGACGAUCACAGCUGUUGCCCGGGCGAGGAGGAGGAGGAGCUGCAGAAAAUGACGACGCUGACGAUAGCGGCUGCUGGCGUCUUCGCAGCAGGGGAGCUGCCCGCCCAGAGCCCGGCUGGGAGCAUGCCGCUGGAGGGGCCGGGCAGCCUGCAGAACCUGCCCCCCGGGGACGUGUCUCUGCAGCCCAUGGAACAGUUCAUCCCAGACCUGCUCAUCAGCCCACACAUGCUGCCACUGACCGACCUGGAGCUCAAGUUCCACUACCGCGGGCGGCAGGCCAGCUCCCUGACCAUCAGCAACCCCCACGGGUGCCGGCUGUUCCACAGCAGCCUGGAGCCCACGCACGAGCAGGUGGAGCUCUUCGGGCCCGUGACGCUGGAGCAGGUGCGCUUCCCCAGCACCGAGCACAUCCCCAACGAGAAGCAGCGCUUCUACACCCACCAGCUGCUGGACGUCAUGGACCGGGGCCUCAUCCUGGAGCUGCAGGGCCAAGACAUCUACGCCGUCCGGCUGUGUCAGUGCAAGGUCUUCUGGACGGGGCCCUGCGCCGGCGAGCGGGCCGGCCCCAACCCCAUCGAGCGCGAGAGGAAGAUCAAACUCUUCAGCCUGGAGAACUUCCUCAACGGGCUCAUCCUGUUCCAGAAGGGCCAGACCAGCACGCCGCCCCCCUUCGAAAUCUUCCUCUGCUUCGGAGAGGAGUGGCCGGACCAGAAGCCGAAGGAGAAGAAACUUAUCACCGUCCAGGUCGUGCCAGUGGCCGCCCGGAUCCUGCUGGAGAUGUUCUCUGGGGAGCUCUCCUGGUCGGCAGACAGCAUCCGCCUCCAGAUCUCCCAUCCGGACCUGAAAGACAAGAUGGUGGAGCAGUUCAAGGAGCUGCAUCAGCUCUGGCAAAACCAGCAGAGCCUGCAGGCCCACCCGGCCUCGAACCUGGAGCCAGGCCCGGGCCCCUGGGCGAUGCAGGCCAGCGGCAUGCAGCAGUGAGGACGUGGGCACGUCGCGCGCACUCACCCACUUCCCUUCCCUCCUGCCGGGCGCCCGGGGGAGCCUGGCCGUGCACGCCAGCCCCGAGGGGGAGACGAGGCAAACUGACCUCUACAGGGCGAUGCUCCGCUGGAUCUGUCGGCGCAGGGUGCCCGGCUCAGCUGCCCGCUCCACGCCAACCUCCCAGCUGUGGACCCCAAAGGGGCAGGGGGGAGAGGGCCCUUCCUGCAGGGAUGGAUGGAGGCUGGCCCACACCACCACCUGCUGGGAAUACACUAGGCUGCGGGCCAGGCCCCACCUUGCCAGAGCACUGCAAGGCCUGUGAUGGACGAAAGAGACUGUUAGACCCACGGCCCUGGGCACUUACGAGAACUGCCUGGUGGUGGGCAGCAGGUGCUGGGGCCUGCUGAAAGGACAGGCCCGGCCGAGCCUGCGGGCGUGAAGGAGUCACAGUAUCCGGGAGCUGGCGUCACGGCCCCCAGGAACUGGCCUGGCCCAGAGACGCGGCAAGGGAAGUGCUCAGCUGUUAAUAAAAGCAACCACUUGCCUA